GUAGUAAAUGCCACACUCAUGUGAACUUGGAUCAAUUUUACCUCAAAUCACGCUUCGACAAGCCGUUUUUGUCAGGAAUCUUUUUCUUGAGUCAGGACUAAAGGUGAAUUUCGACAGGGCUGUUUAGUUGUUGUGGAUGAUUCCCUGAUAAACAAUUGCUGCAACUGACUUUAUUGGAAUAGCGUCACAGUCAAGGACGUGUGAACAACUCAAGUGUUUGAGCGCAGCUCAAGAAUUCAACUGAAACAACUUUCAUUUUGUGUCCAGAGGACGUGUCAACUCACAGAGAUCUCCUCAAAAGUAAAAUUGUCGGUGGCCGAAUAAGACAUCCGUUUCCGAGAUACCGACAAAUAGUGUUCAGAAAUUUUCAGUGCUCAGAAGUGUUCAGUGUUCAGAGUGGAUUGUUACGCACUGGAGAUCUGAACUAAAAACUCGUCGUCAAGUUUGAUUUUUGAAGUUAUCUAUUGACAAUGAUGGAGAAAAUUGUGCUUGUGAUGGUACUGUUAGCGUUUGUGACACAGGAUGUCGUAUCUGGUUUUGCCAGAUCAUCCUCAACGAGGUCAGCUUCCUCCAGGGGGGCGGAGAUUGCCGAUGCCGCGCCAACGACGAGUAACACCGAGGGACAAUGUGGGUCGUGUUGCAUGCAGGGGCCAGCAGGCCCACCAGGUCCCCCUGGUACCCCCGGUGCAGCUGGCAUGCAUGGAAUCCCUGGUAACCACGGUGGGAAUGGGAUGAACGGGAUGCCUGGACCGCCAGGACCAAAAGGGGAAGCUGGUGACAGGGGUGAGGCAGGUCCACGUGGUGACCAGGGUGAAUCCGGUCCAGCCGGCAUCGCAGGACUCCAAGGUCGCUCUGGUGAGAGACAUUCACCAAGCGAGCAGCAAGCUAACGUACUCGCCCCGUCCACGGUCCCGACUCCAGCGUUCCAUUCUGCGUUCUCUGUGGCCCGUACGACGACCCUAGUCGCCCCGUCGGACAGAGAUGUCAAUAUCAAGUACGAGCACGUCUUCAGUAACAUCGGUCAACAUAUGGAUCUUAAAACCGGCAUUUAUAGGGCCCCUCGACAUGGCGCCUACACCUUCCUCAUCAACAUCCACAUGGCGUCGACCACAAACAGCCCUUACGUGAAAUUGAUGCACAAUAACCACAUGCUUCUCGCGGUUCAUGAUUACGACGCCAGCGAUGCGUACGACUCUGCGAGUAACAGCUUAAUCAUCGAGCUAGAAGAGGGAGAUCAGGUUUGGCUGCAGCUCGACAUGGGGAACGAAGUUCACAGUAACUCAAAUCGCUACACUACGUUCUCUGGAAACAUGCUAUUUGAACUGCCUUAGAAUUGUAACUCCAUGAGGAAUAUAGAGACAGUUUUACAAUUCCUCAAACUCAGCAUCCACUUAUAACAAUAAUCAUAGUAGACAAUAAAUUGUUCUAAUGACACUCUGGGAAAUCGUCUGCAAAACCCAGGCCUGGAAUUUCAUCUGUGAGAGGGCAAGACCACAUUCAAUUUGCAAUUGGGGCAAUUCCAUUCGAAAAUGUUCACGUCUAUCUUUUAAAGGGGUAUCAACCAAGACCAGGGCAAUGGUGUAAUUCCAGGCAUGAACAAAACUGUAUGUAUUUCCUUAUUAUGGGUAAAUAUAUUGUCAUCAAACCCAGUCUUUUUUGAGUCAUCAAGUUAUAAGAGGCUCUUAAAAUCAAAAUUUACAAAAACGUAGAAGAAACUCCUUGUUGUACACAUAUAUAAAACCAAAACUCUAAAAAGCAUCAAGUGUCCACUUUUAUGAUCUCUGCUUACUUCUGACAUCUACGCUUGCGAUUACCAUUCUUCGCUUACAGGUGCGCAGACUUUCUGCGCUAGCUAUGUAAGCAAAGAAUGGGUAGUAACGUGAAGUAUACAGGCGCACAAGCAAAGGUUCCCUCCUAAUACCUGCAAACACACUGCUUUAUUUUUUGAAUCGCAAAUCGCUCAAUAUUAUUUGAAUAUAAAUGUACAUACAACAAAGUAAAAAUACAGGGUGCUUUAUGUACAGUGAAGCUGUACAUCACAGGAAAACGACCAUUUUGGAAAUGUUUACACGCAAGGCUAUGAGAGUGAAAGCGAGGCUUGUGGUGAAAAUAGUAUGGUGCUUAUGAUGGACUGAUUCUGUAAUAGUUAAUGUCAAGCAUGCCUAUCAGGAACAAGACAAAGAUGGCAGCUGUUAAAAUUGAUUUAGAUUUGAGUUGUUUAUGUAUUUUUAGAUUAAAAAUAAGUAUCUAGCUUUGUUAUGAUCGAAAGCAAAUUGAAUGCUAUAAAAUAAAUUGGUGUGGAAAUUUUGAAUAACUUUUUGAGAAUUUAUUUUUUGAAACUAAAACAUAAUGUCCCUAUUUUACACCACUGUUCAAGAAUCAAUCAUUACUGUUCUCCUGAAGAAAUCAUCUUUACCUUAAAGUAUCAGACUUUAAGGUUUGUCAAGAAAUGUUACAAAUUAUUGCUUCUAAUAAUAUGGUAUUAUUGUUAUGUUUUAAUUUCAACUUGAAACUUUGUAAGCGACAGAUAUUCUAUGAAAUAUUAGGAUUUGUUAAGUAACCUUGUAAACUGCAUUUUUUUUUUACUAUUUAUCUUUAAGGUAAUGUUUAGAAGUAUCAACUGUAAUUUGGGGGUAUUUAAAGUAAUUUAAUAUGACUCAUUUAAAAAAAAACGAAAUCAAAAUGGAUUGAAUAAAAGGGACUUGGAUUCAGAGCAAAGAACAUUGCAACAUAAAAUCUAAAAGGCAGGGUAUACUUUUGGUAACUUUCACAGACCAACAUAUAAAAAAA